UUUAAAUUAUCCCAUGCGAUUCAAGAUUGUAUAAAUGAAUUAUUACGAGGAUGAUGACACAUAUUCAAAAUUGUUUAAGUAUGACAACAAAUUAAUUAAUAUAGAUGUGUUUUAUUCACGAGAUUAAUGAGAGUUUCAUGAGUAUGAAAAAAAUCUUGAUCUUCAAAAUUAAUUAAAUAUUCAAAUGAAAAUCACCCAGCCAAUGUUCGAUGUCAAAGCUAGUGUUGGUUUGGAAUCGUUUCCAAUCUUCGUUUUUCUUAUUUACAACCACCAAGUAUAACCUCCUUGAUAACCACUCUUCAACCGACAUAGUACUUGACGUAGACAUCCAACUUGCUCGAUGUCGUUCCCUCCUGCUUCUAUGAAGGCCACUUGAUACUUUGAUGACUUAAAGACUUCACUUGGUAGCCUCUUAUGCCAUGGAGAUGUCUUGCUUGACGGCUUAUCCCGACAUUCUAAUAGAUAUGCUUGUAUCUUACGGGCUUGAUGAGAUGUGACGUGAUAGCUACUUGGAUGGGUGUCUCAUGCUUAACACCUAGAUAGUUUACGAUGCUUAACAUGUGAAGUCGUCAGGGGUAUUGCCCCAUUGUAUGACUCCAUGCUUGACACAUAGGUAGUCUAGUGCUCUUGACACCUUAUGAGUCUUGACCGUCAUGCAACCUAUUCAUGAUUGACUGCUUGGAGGCUGAGAUGAUGGUGAAUUUUUGACACCUAAGUUGUUUGGAGAUCCAAAAGUCUAUCAUUUAGACUCAACUUAGACCAAUAUAAUUAACAAAGUGAACUUGAUAACCAUUCAUUGAAAUUAAUUGAUGUGAUAAUAAGUUGUUUUUAGUGAUAGAAACCUUCAUUCUAAGAUUUUAUAAGAAGAUUUUCGAAUCGAACACCGAUGAGUUCAUAAGCAAUUUGACUCAUUAACAUCUCGUAGUGCCGAUGAAAGUGGUUAAACAUAGCAAGUGGCAAGUAAACGGGCGGUUUUGGUCAUUGGAGGGUCGUCGGUCAGUGCCGUGACUGCUGCUGCAAGCCAGCAAACCAAUCGCUUGCUCGCCAGUCGCCCACAAUCGCUUUUAGCAAUCAACUGACCCUGCUGGCUCACUUCCCAAUUCCAACUUGCUUUAUUUAUUAGUAUUAUCUGUUAUUAGUAUCGUAUCCACAAGCAAAGCUCACAUUUUCUUCAUCAGCUGCUGCCCGCUCUCAACCUCACUGCUACUUCGAUGGCGUCGAAGCUCUGCCUCGCCGUCGCCGUCCUUUUCCUUUCAGUCGCCGCCUUCCAUUUGCAGGUCUCAGCAAUAGAUUCCAAGCUCAAGCUGGGUUCAAGGAUCCUUAAGGAGUCAAUUGUUGAUGUAGUCAAUGGAAAUCCCAGUGCUGGAUGGAAAGCUGAAAUGAGCCCCCGCUUCUCUAAUUACACGGUUGCUCAGUUCAAGUACCUUCUGGGAGUCAAGCAAACACCCAAGAAGGAACUCCUGGGAGUUCCAGUCAUGAGACAUCCAAAAUCCAAGGCGCUGCCAAAGGAAUUCGAUGCUAGAAAAGCUUGGCCUCAAUGUGCCACUCUUCAUAGAAUUCUAGGCUAGUUGAUUUCUUGUUCCUUCUCCUUGUUUAUCUCUCCUCUUUUGUAUGAAGCUGACAUUUGAUGCUUUGUUCCAUGUUUGUAUCCCUUAAUGGGUCAAUU